AUGAAAUUGUAUCAAGAUGCGAUCGUGAGAAGACUCCGAACAACGACGGCAUCCCCAUUAUUACCCUUGAAUUGUUUUAAACGCAAUAUUUAUAGCGAUUCACUUCCAUCUACAUCGGCGAGCCUGAAACGUCCAAUCUCCGCUUUGGCAGCAGGUGACGACGAAGACGAGGGCACCAAACGGCGGCGGAUACGAAUAGAAGAGUUGCGUGAGAAUCGAAAAAAAGAAAAGCUUAAAAAGCAAUCUUUAAUGUUCUGGGAGCUUCGCGAUUUCUUCCAAACUCUUGACGAGACAGAUCUCGCGUCAAUCUUGAAAUUCAACGAGCAAGACAUUCCCUCGUCGCGAGAGAAUGUCCUCGACCGACUCGCCGACAUCGCCUUAUACGGAAAACCAAUGGGAUGCCCAGAAUGCACCAACGGAAUUCUUUUCUACAGCUCGUCGAAUAAGACGUAUGUGUGCACCGGAUAUGUGACAGAAUAUGCGAAAUGCAUGAACACCAGCAAGAAUCCAGUAAGAACUCCGUUCGAAUUCCCACCAGAUUUUGCACACAGUUUUGCCUCUACGCGACUUCCAUUCAAUGCAAUGGUAGAUCGAAUAUACUCCGAAGAAGAGCCAGUAGUUGGACAUUUAGAGAAACAAAAGGCAAAUAAGGUUGCAAAUGUGAUGGCUGCUGAUGAGGUAUUCAGCAACGAUGGAGAAGUUCUAAGAGUCAGCAACAUGAGAGGCUACAAAUGUCGGCAGAUUGUAAAACGCGGGACCGUCAUUGACGGCGAUUUUCCGUACGCUGAAAUAUGCCAUGUGUACCGCGAUGAUAAUGGAAACUUGUAUUCAGCGACUCUGACAUUCACUGAUCUAUCAUGUAACAAAAAUUCGUACUAUAAAAUGCAAUUAUUAAAGGAAGACAAGGCCAGCGUAUUUUAUCUAUUCUUGUCGUGGGGACGCGUUGGAACCGACGUUGGCAACUGCAAGUAUCCAUCAUUCUACGAUUCUGAAUCCGGAGUCGAGGAAUUCAAAAAAAUUUUUAAAGAAAAAACUAACAAUCAAUGGGAGUAUCGCAAGUAUUUCCGCAAACAUCCCGGAUUUUUCAGCUACAUUGAAACCGAUUACUCAGAAUUCGAGAAUUCCAUGGAUUGCUCGAUUAUUCCCGGAUCGCAAACGAAGCUUCCGAAUUCGGUCAAAGAUAUCAUCAUUUCAAUUUUCAAUGUUGAUAAUAUGAAAGAGGCUAUGAAAAGUUUUGAGAUGGAUAUAAACAAGCUGCCGUUGGGUAAAUUGUCGCAAAAGCAGAUAAUGACUGCCUAUGAAGUUCUAACACAGCUUCAAGAUUUGAUCACUGAGCCUGUUCAAGAUAAAAUUAAGUUGAUGGAUUCCACCAAUAAAUUCUACACAAUUAUUCCGCAUAAUUUUGGAAUGAAAAUGCCCGAGCCGAUUGAUACUGUUCAGAAAAUUCGCGAUAAGUCGAAAAUGCUCGAUGCUCUUCUUGAUAUUCAAUUCGCCUAUGAUCAAGUGCGCGCCGGAAACGAGGACGUGAAGUUGACGAAACGCGAUCCGGUCGAUGUGAAUUAUGAGAAAUUGAAUUGCGAGCUGAUUCCGCUCGAUGAAACAGAUAAAAACUAUAAAAUGGUUCACGAAUAUUUAUUCAAUACAAUUGGAAGCACCCAUGGCAUCAAAUGUCAAUUGCUUGAUGUUAUCGAGAUUCGCAAAGACGUCAGCAAGUUCAAAAGAAGCGACAAUCACAAACUAUUAUGGCACGGAUCCGGCAAAAUGAAUUAUGCGGGAAUUUUGACGCAGGGUUUGAGGGUUGCACCGAAAGAGGCUCCUCAUUCUGGCUACAUGUUCGGAAAAGGCAUUUAUUUUGCCGACAUGUUCUCGAAAAGCGUCUUCUAUUGUCGUGCACAUGAGGACGAAGAAGCCUACAUCCUAUUAUGCGAGGUGUCUCUCGGCAAUCAGCUCGAGCUCACACGCGCACAAACCAUCACCAAAGACUAUUUGAAGAGGGAAAACUUCGACUCGGUGCUUGGCUUGGGAAUCGAAUUCCCCGAACCGGAUCGAUGGAACACCCAUGAGGAUGGCUAUAAAUAUCCGGCAGCCAAUUCCAUCGUCAAGAAGGGAUUCUUCGGUUCGAGCCUUUUGUACAACGAGUGA